AUGGAUCGCCUGUUGCCGUGGCUGCUCCUAGUGGCAGCAGUUGAAAUCGCUGGGGGGCUGGCUGGAGGAUCGAUUGGUCUCGCGGCGCCUGCCAUAGAACCAGAGACGACAAGCAGGACCCAAGAAAGCGACAGUCCUGCACCAUCUAAAGAUGCAGGGCUUUCUGUAUUUGCGGGCCGUCUAUCCUCCAUGAGGGGGGACACGGAGACUGCGCUGAGCUGGGAUGAUGACAUCAGCUUGCCAUGCACUACAUGCACUACUGCAGCAGAAGAUGCCGCUCCUGUGCAGGUAGAGGCAGAAGGCCCACCCGAGGCAUUGCCGUCCACUCCAGUUGAACCGUUAGUGAAGGAGACCCCUCCGGUGGUGUCCCCUGUACGAGGGUUGAAGUCCCUUAUUUUGGGCUCGUUAGUCCUGAGUGUUUUGCUCCUUAUUAUGAAUGCUCCAGAUGAGGUUCAGAAUGAAGACAACGCUUUGGCCACUUGGCGACAUUACUUCGCAGAGGAGAUGAUAGACGGGAUGUUUGCGCUUGAUGACUUCUUGGACACGAAAGUCCCCGCUUUUCCAUUCAAAAUCCUCAGCUUCUGGGUGCUCGCAGGCGCUGCACCGAUGCUGUUUUUCUCUGGGUUGGUAAACAUUGCACGGAGCCUGAAGAAGCAGAGGCAUGGGCAACCCCUUCGUCAAGGUCCCAGGGUCUCCGGCUUUCCCUUGAUCAUCAUGACUGCCCUGCUGAGCAUCUGGAUGAUGAUGUUGCCCGUCUACAGAGACAUCGAUGAUGAUGAUGAUCCUUUAUUGGAGGAUGUCAGUGUGAACCUUUCGUGGGGGAUCAAUCUCGCGUACUUAUCCCUCCUCCUGCUUUGA